UUGACUGCGUGGAGUGAAACGUCAGCCACGUACGAACGUCUGUCACCGAUCGUCUGCUGCACUGGACUGAGUUCGCCUUUUAGUUGUUUAAUAAUAAGCGUAAAAUAAGACACAAUGAGUGCUAAACUACUAUCCCUGAUCCUUAUCAUCGCCACUGCGGUGACAGCAGAAGAUGAACCAGCGAUUGCGAGGUUACUUGUUUCAAAGCAAGUGCUGAACAAAUAUCUAGUUGAAAAUAUGGAUAUUCUGGUGAAAUACACAUUGUUCAACGUCGGCACAGCGCCCGCUGUGGAUGUUAAGCUGGUCGACAAUGGUUUUCACCCCGAAGUCUUCCAAGUUGUCGGUGGACAGUUGUCGGCGCAGAUCGACAGGAUACCGCCUCAGACCAACGUCUCUCACGUAGUAACAGUCAGGUCUUCAAGAUACGGAUACUUCAACUUCUCUUCUGCUGAAGUCUCAUACAAAGCUACUGAAGACGCCACUGAGGUCCAAUUCUCCAUCAGCAGCUCUCCUGGCGAGGGCGCCAUUGUUGCUUUCAAGGACUACGACCGCAAGUUCUCCUCUCACAUUCUCGACUGGGCAGCCUUCGCAGUCAUGACCCUGCCAUCCUUAGCCAUUCCCUUCGGACUCUGGUUCUCAUCAAAGAGCAAAUACGAAAAGCUAUCCAAGCCCAAAAAGGCUCAUUAGGUAGUUGUAGUUAAUAAAUUAGGUAUAUGCUAAUGUUGUAUGUUUUGUAAGGUUGGCAGCCGUGACUGAUUAUCCAGGUGGUAAACAUUUCUGAUGUGGGUAUGCAUGAGUCAGCAGUAUUUAAAUUUACAAUAAAUUUCGAAUAUGUGUUUUAUUUUAUUUAUAACUCUCGUUAUUGAUACUCAUUUAAGUAUGAGUAAAUAUAAUAGUCAAUUAAAUAAAUAAUUAUUUUUCUGAUGGAAUUAUGAUAAAAACAAUUUCUCAUCCAGUUUGCUCGGAACAACAUACAAUAUUAGCAUAGAUCUUAUCACUCCAUUAGUUAUGUACAUCAACACCUUUGUUAAAUAUUAAUUUAUAUGAACAAUAAAACCUUUUUUAUAAGUCGA